AUGAUUGUGCCAUCAGAGACCUCUCUAGAAGGUCCACAUCAGGACAGAUGCCAAGUGCCUGAGGAGGGGCCACUCCCCUCCCCACCCAGGCGGACAAGGAAGAGGCGCUGCUUUUGCAGAGGGAGGGUGGACAUGUCUGAGACAUUGCCCUGCCUGGGGGGUGAGACCCCUGCCCCAGGCUGCAGGCUGGGCAAUGAUGCUGCCCAGCCCCAAGUGCUGCUGGAUGGUGGGGUCUCCCCAAAAGAGGCCACCCAGGUGGACGGCAAUGGGAGGACAGGCCUCAGGGUCGCCGGCUACCUGGGCUUCAGGAGCAUCUUAACCCUGCUCAGCCGCUGCCAGCAGGACGAAGAAGGGCACACAGCUCUCCUGCUGGCUGCCCAAGCAGGCCACAAGCCUCUGGCAAGUCUCCUGCUCAACUGCUACCUGGGCCUGGACCUGGACCGGGACCAGAGGGGGCUCACAGCGCUGAGGAGGCCUGCCCUGUGCAACCGCUGUGCCGACCUGACAGCUGUGGGUUCUGUUCGCGAGACGGCCCCGGGUUGGGCAGCACUGACUAACAGCUCUGACGUGGUGCACAGGAUCCAGCAGUUGUUGCGGCGCCCGAAGAAAGCACUCAGCCGGCAUUACCAGCAAUGGGCUGCCUCUGCCUGGCUCGUGGCCCCGGCCCAGGCCGCCCCAUCUCUCUUGGAGUGUCCACUGGCCACCUUGAGGCUCUCCCUUGCCCAUUCUCCUCUGGAGGGGGGUGUCCUAAACCACCUUGUAACCAUCCCAACCAGCCUGGCCACUCCCUUUCUCACCACGGCCUGCCACAGCCUAUGUCCUGACUGCCCGCCUGCCCUGGGCACCCGAAGCAAGUCUGUGCCAGAGCUGCUGGGCACUUCCCCACCCCCUCCCCCAGGCCCUCUCCCCCCAGGUAGCCCCUGGCCCCGAAUCCUCAGCCGCCACCAGAGCCCUCAGGGAGCGUGGAGCAAGCACCCUCAGUGCCUGCGGCCCUAUAUACGGCAUGCUACUAUUUGUCAAAAUAAAAUUUGUACCCCUCAGGCCCAAGCCCCCAAGAUCCUCCUCUCCAAGACACCCUCAUUGCCCACGCAGUGCUGGCAAGAGCCCUGGUCGACAGGGCACCGCAGACUGGCCCUUCCUGUCUGGCAGUACCAGGAGCUCAAGACAGAGAGGAGGAGGCAGGAGGAGGGGGCCUGGAAGGCACAGAACAAGGGGGCGGAGGACUAG